UUGGAAUAUGUUUUCAAGCUUCUGGACUGGAAAGGAUACGGUAUCAACAUCAAUAGCGAGUACAUCACUCACCUUCGAUUUGCCGACGAUAUAGUCCUUAUGGCAGAAUCGCUGGAACGCCUAAGCACUAUGCUCAAUGACCUCAAUAGUGUUUCCCAACGGAUAGGUCUUAAGAUGAACAUGGACAAAACAAAGAUCAUGUUUAAUGUCCAUGUCACACCUAUGCCGGUAGUUGUUGGGAACACUAAGCUCGAAGUUGUUGACGAGUAUGUUUACCUGGGACAAAUAGUCCGAAUAGGUAAGUCCAACUUCGACCGAGAGGUCAAUCGACGGAUUCAACUCGGUUGGGCAGCGUUCGGGAAAUUACGGCACAUCUUCUCGUCAGGUAUACCUCAAAACUUGAAAACGAGACUGUACACAAAGUGCGUGUUUCCAGUGAUGAUAUAUGGAACUGAGACGUGGUCCUUCACUGCUGGCCGGAUGAGGAAGCUCAAGGUCGCUCAGCGAGCUAUGGAGAGGGCUAUGCUCGGAGUUUCUCUGCGUGAUAAACUCAGAAAUGAGGAUGUCCGCAGUAGAACCAGAGUGACCGACAUAGCCCAAGGGAUUAGUAAGCUGAAGUGGCAAUGGGCCGGCCAUAUAGCUCGAAGAACCGACAACCGAUAG